AUGAGCACUGACCUCUCUCAGAUGACUGGAUGGAGUGAGAGAAUAUCCUUCAGGGAUUUGAUAGUAGGAGGAAUCAUCUUAUCUGAGAUUCUGCUGGGAACACUGGGAAAUUUCAAUCUUCUCUACCACUACUUGCUCUGUUACCACACUGAAGGCAGAUUGAGGCCCACGGAAUUCAUUCUCAUGCAUCUGACUGUAAGCAAUUCUUUGCUCAUUCUCUCCAAUGGUCUCCCCCAAACAAUGGCAGCUUUUGGACUGAAACAUUUUCUCAGUAAUUUAGGCUGUGACCUUGUUUUGUAUAUACAGAGAGUAGGAAAAGGUGUAUCCAUUGGCACCACCUGCCUCUUGAAUGUCUUCCAGGCUAUUAUGAUCAGCCCUUUGGACUCCUGCUGGAAGGAUCUGAAAGUUAAAGCUCCAAAGUAUGUCACUCUCUCUAUUUGUCUCUAUUGGAUUCUGUGUAUGUUUGUGAAUCUAAUUUUUCCUCUGCACAAAUUCAAUAUAUUUCACGACUGGAGCAUGGAAAACAUUACACAAAAACAAGAUUUGGGGUAUUGUUAUACUACCAAUGUUGAGAAACUCUCUAGUGCAGUCUAUUCAGCUCUAAUUGUGUUCCCUGAAAUUUUCAUUUCUGUGCUCCUAAUCUGGACUAGUGGCUCCAUGAUUCUCUUCCUGUACAGGCACAAACAAAGAGUCCAACACAUUCACAGCAAUCAUGUUUUCCUCAUUUCCUCAGUUGAGUUCAGAGCCAUGCAAAGAAUACUUGUCUUAGUGAGUGCCUUUCUGUAUUUUCACACAUUCUCUUCUAUUCUUCAUAUGUGUGUGACUCUACUCAGUGAAGAAAAUGGAUGGUUAUUUAAUGCUGCAGGUAUCAUUUCUCUGUGUUUUCCUACUGUGAGCCCCUUUUUGGUUAGGAGACAUCCCUCUACUCUAUCUAGACAAACCCUUUUUCUGAUAAUGAAUAGAUACCCACAAAUAGAUUAA